CAUGCUCAUUCUAGUAUGUAGUGUAUGAUGUACUACCUCAGUAAUCCUUUGUCACAAACCAACACCACACAACCAGAAGAUCACGACAGUUGGUUCAAUAAAUUAGCUCUUAUUAUAGGCAUCACGGAUCUUGUUUGUCCUGCAUUUCACUUGUUUCAGGUUGGAGCGGGGCCCAUUUCUCUCCGUUUUCCCGGACCAAACUUUGGUCGGAAGCCGCAUCAACCCGUUUCGCUACCGAACGAAUUCACAGUCUUCUAUCUAAUCAACGACUAGCUUACUAUGAUGUAUGCCAUGUCAUUUCCUGCAUUGCCAUCCCCACCAUCAUGGUUCCCUGGACACAUGAACCGAUUUACGAAGCAGCUUCCUGCGCUACUGUCCCGUACAGAUGUUGUCCUGGAGCUCAGAGACUCCCGUCUGCCUCUUACUAGCAUUAACAAUAACUUAGAAGGUGCUAUCAACAAAUGGAGGGCCGAGCGGGGACAUCACACCCACGUCACUCCCCUUUCCUCCACUACAUCUAGGAUUUUGUCCCUAGGAUAUGGUGGCCCAAUUUGCGAGCGCAUCGUGGUCUUAAACAAGCGCGACUUCGUCCCUGAAUGGGGUGUUGAGCCCUUUAAGAAAGCCAUGAAGGCAAAAUUUCCUGAUCAAACGGUGCAUUUUGCUUCUUGUAACAAACCACGAGACAUAAGAUCCCUGAGCGAGAUGCUCGUAAAUAUAGCAAAGAGGAACCCUCACGCAACUGAGAUGAAUGUCCUGGUGGUUGGCAUGCCUAAUGUUGGCAAAUCAACAUUGUUGAAUUCCCUUCGUCAUAUGGGUAUUCCGGGUCGGACGCCAAAGGCACUACAGACAUCUGCACAGCCUGGUCAUACACGCGCUAUCUCGACCCGCCUUAAGCUCUCAGAAGACCCGCUCGUAUAUUCAUACGACUCGCCUGGUGUAAUGUUACCAUUUCUUGGGAGAGGUAAUCGAGGUGCAGAGCGAGGUGUCAAGCUUGCUCUCAUAGCCGGCAUCAAAGAGAGUUUAUACGACAUCGAAGCGCUUGUUGCAUACUUGCUGUAUAGACUGAACGUGUUAAAUCCUGUUUCGCCAGCAUAUUUGACAGUCCUCCCGCCUGGUUCACGUCCAUUUACAGAUGCCGGAGAUUUUUUGGAGCAACUUGCCAUACGGCUUAAUAUGUUGUUACGAGGGGGCGAGAAGGAUACUAUGAGAGCAGCAAAGUGGUUCGUAGAAUGGUGGCGAAACGAGGGCGGUCUUGUAUCUGCUUCUGUCCCAGAAAAUCUUCCGACGGGGUCGGAUGGAGCCCGUGCACCGUUACUGCGACGUGGAUGGGGUUUCGAUUUCGAAUGGACGGUGGACGCGUCUAUGGAUUCUACCGGCGGAGAUUUUGAAUCGGCGGUGCAGUUAAAAAUGGAAGAGUGCAUAGAUGAAUCGAUGAGGGCAGCGAGCGAGGACGAGCGGUCAGGAGUCGGGAUUAGUACAACCCAAGAGAGGAAACGUAGCUGGCAGGAGAAGCAGUCCAUGCGUGCUGCAAAAUCCAAAGCGAAGUUUGCUGCACGUAAAACUGCAUAAUUAUCCACGGUGUUUUCUACGGCACCCUGCAUUAGCGGUUUAUUUGUAGCCAUAUAUUGCAUUUAGCUGCGCGCAAUGACAACGCAUCUAAUGCGCCCUGUGAAAUCUCA